CCCGGAGGUCGUUCCGGAGACACUGGAUGCGAAUGUGCGAGAAUUGGAGAGCCUGAAACAAUCGAUCGGAAAAACGCUGGAAAUGAUGAAAACCCACGCUUCCGUUUACACCAACGUGAAUGGGCAUAAAGAGACUCAUUCCAAUUCGAGAUCGGAAGUUAAAGAGGAUGGACAGUUGUUGGCUGGUCUUGGACAACGCAUUGAUGGAAUAUCCAAUGGACGGAUGGAGGGUACAAUUCGCACCAAUCUGGACAUUCCUUCCAAGGGUUUACACAAAUCCUUGAUUGAACAGCUCGUUCCUACUGAGUACACGGAGAAUGGGAACAGGAGGUCGGUCUUUGAUGGCCCUCAAGAAUCCAAUAACAAUAAUAACCAGUUCGAGAAGAUUGGAGCUUACGCCGGGACACAAUACUCUCCAUUGGAUAUGGCAGAGUACGUCUUCUGGACUGGGGACGAGAAGGGCGUCACCAUGGCCAUCGAGGAAUUCCUCCAAGAAGGAAUCUUGAGCCGUGAAGAGGCGAUCUCCUUCCUGCAGGAGAUCAAAUACAAUCUGGACUAUCUGCAGAGUCAUUAUACUCAGUUAGGGCUGAACGCCAGGGACCGUUUGAAGGAGAAGUCGAAGAGCAGUCAGGAGCCAAAGAAUCAUCUGGUUACCGGGUUCAGACAGCAGCAGAACAAGAAAAGCGCCGUUGAGGAUAUUUACAGGAAGGAAGUUCCGGAAGAACCGAAGAUUGGUUCGGUGGCGGCGGCUGUUCAGAAGCAGGAAGCAACGGACUACGACGAGUUGCUUGAGCGUUUGAAGGUGGCAGAUUUCCUAUACACUGAGUACUCUUUAGAGGAAGUGAUCUAUCAAUUGGCGAAGGUGAUGUUCACGCAGAGCUUGACGAGGGGCAGCGCCGAAGCGCAGCAGGCUUUGCAGAAGUUCACGGCUUUCUUAGAAACGGAGGCGGAUCAAGGCCACAUCUCUAGAGCCCUCGAGAAGAAGGUCCUCGACGUUCUCAUCGCCUCCUUGAGCGACACCUUGAACGAGCAUCCCGAGUUGGCUGCCAACAACGGAGAAGUCAACAGCUACGGUCACGACGGCCAGACCAUCCUUCGUCAAAUAUUGCAGAUGAAUGCAGGAGAGAAAACCGGCGUAGUCCCAGCUUCCUACAAGGACCAAAUCAGUCGGAACCCUCUGGAGUUCCAUCUGCAGGAUAAGCCGCAUCUACCGAUCGGGCUCGGCAAAUACAAAACAAUACGCUAAACCUGGAGAUAAAGCAGAUAAAGUAAACUAAAUUAAAUUUAAUCUAACCCUUCUAUCAAACUAAUCUCUCCUGCAUUCAAAAUAUAUAUAAAUAUACCAAGAUCUUGUUUUAUUCUAGUUAACCGGUUUUCUCUUUUUCUGUUUGCGAGAUACGAAAUGGAAAUCUACUUAUUUAUAUAUAUAUACAAUGAUUUAAUGUUUGCGAGGAUUUACGAAGGAAUAAAAAUGGAAAAAAAAGUCUGGUGUAGAAUAAAAGUAAGAUCUCU